GUUGGUGUUCCGGUUAUCCGCAGGCCAGCCUCUGGCGCGGACGUGUUCAACAGCUCGGCGAGCGAGUGUGUGCCUUCCGACUGAUUUGUUGCCGCAAAUGACCAGACUAUUGUGUAGUUUUUUUGGGACUUAUUUCUAUUCGUUGACUGAGUGACUAAAAAUAAUGAAAACCUAUAAUAAGUGCUAAGCCACACUGUGAGAGGGAGCUGGUUUUCUUCUUUCGUUUCAAAGGGAACUUCAUUUUAAAACCGGAAGUCUGAUCACGAAUUCGCCAACGAGCUCCACUUCAAGCUAAAGUCGAUGGUGCACUUCGAGCGGGAUAUUGGCGACAGUUCCAACGUGUCCGCCAAACAACAAAAGCGUGAUCGUUACGAAGAAGCUGGAGACGAGCAGCACAUUGGGACAACUGUCAUGGUCAAGGGCGGUCGUAAGCAAGGGCGUGGUCGCAACUAUGGUGGUGGAGACGGAAAGUGCAACUCGGUGGGACAAUUCGAGCAGGACAUUGGUCCCACUUCCAUGAUUAAGGACGGCUAUAAGCAAGGAAACGAUCGUAAAGUAGGCGCUGGAGACGGCAAGCAAAACUCCAUGGAGCAAAUCAAGCAGCCAAUUAAGAAGACAGCCAUGGUCAAGGCCGGCCACAAGCAACGUCGUGCUCGUAACGAUGGAGGUGGUGAUGGAUAA